AUGACCAUGUUUGCCGAGUUUCUAUCUAUCUGAACACUCUGAGCAUUAGUUUUUUCCACAAAUAUUUCAGGAGAAAUGGAGCUCGAGAUGGCAACGAAUCCUGCACAAUCCAAACAGCAGGAUGUCUGUUCCCAUAGAUUCGUCAUUCAGUCAGUUAAAGGUCAAUCUAGCAAGAACAUUAAGAACAGAAGAAUGUCGUAACCUGUAGUAGUGAGAGAGAGAGUAAAUUCGAAGAGAAGUGUAAUUUUUUCUCUUAUGCCUCACCCAAUUCCUCCAUUAAUGGACAACUGUUCAUGCAGCCACCAACCCUAAACAAUUUGUCAAUCAAUCUUGUGGUGUGUGAUUAGUGGAAGGAUAAUGGUCAUGUGGAGUGGUAAACAGAGAUUAAACCAGUCGUUAAUGGAGAUUAAGGAGGAAGCUAUUGAAUGUGUUAUUUAAUAUUCGACAGUGGCAUGUUGAUGGUGAGUUUUUAAAGUUCCUCGCCUCUGUUAAUGGGAGGUCGACGCGCACCUCGAGAGCUUAAUGGGGAAGAAGCUCGGCUUGGGGGCGCUCUUCUUCGGGUUCAGGGACUCACCGAGGCCUUCUGCUCACCUCUCUCCGCCUUCUCCCUCGUCUUCUUCCUGGGCUUGGCAUUCCUGCAAACUCCCCAAGACCGCCUCCUUCCGUGACGACGGCGCCGGCGAUCGCGUCUGCAAGACGGCGAACUCGCUCCGCCUCGACUCCAACGACUCCUGCUUCACGACCGACCGCGAGCGGAGCUUCUCCACGGAGUCGUCGGAGACGACGGUGCGGCGGCUGCGCUCCGAUCGGCUCUUCUUCGACCCUGGCGGCGACACGAGCUCGAUCAUGGAGGAGGCCAAGCCGGAGGCGGAGGCGCCCGAGGAGGAGGAGGAGGAGGAGGCGCCAUUCGGCGACAGCGUGGCGUUGUCGGUGGAUUCCGAAGACCCGUACAGAGAUUUCCGGCAGUCGAUGGAGGAGAUGGUGGCGGCGCACGGACUCGGCGGAGACUGGGAGCGGCUGGAGGAGCUGCUGGUUUGGUACCUGAGGGUGAACGUGAAGAAGACGCAUGGAUUCAUAGUAGGAGCCUUCGUGGACUUGCUCGCAGCCAUUAAUGCGUCUUCCUCUUCCAUUUCCUCCUCCUCCUCCUCCUCCUCCUCAUUUUCCAGUUCCUUCAAGAUCGAAGAAAUAACAGAGGAAGACACCAACGAGCCAAGUUCUUCAUCAUCCUUAACCUUGUAAACCCAUCACAGUGUAAAUUUGCUAGAUCUUUCUCAUUUCGGCUAUUAACUUAGUAGUUCAUAUUUUGGAUUGGAGAAAACGCAUCACUGGUUCCACCAGAUCACGGCGACCGUUGCCGAUUGUAGAUGUCCUUGUCUUGCGAUUUCUCUUAUGAAAUUGUUGUGGUUGCAGAUUCCUUGUGUGCUCUUGAUGUUAGGUUUUGCAGGACAGCAGGAUUUAUUAAG